CGGACCAUAUUGAGGUCAGUGACGUCACGUUAUAACAUAACAACAUGGAUGAUCUUGCACGGAGGAAGACAAAAAAAUAAUAAGGUUAUAUUGAGUGGUUUAUAGUAGGUUGGGGAAACUAAACCAACACUUAGCGGAGCUAGAGUUCACAAAGUGGAAACUAACCGAAGUAAACUAAACUAAUUGGCAGUAAAAACCUUACGGAGCCAUGAACUGACUUUACUCUGAACUUCUGGUCAAGACACAGUAAGACUCGGCGACAAAGAAGAAUCAUGUUGAGUUUCCUUGGACUGCGUAAAGAAACAAAGAAGUCAACAUCCGACAAGGAAGUUGAUGGAGGCUUUGUUAUCAUCGGAGAGACAUUUGAAGAGCAGAGGAGGAAGAUGCAGAACAUGAACAUCGCACACCCGUCAACAAAUGUCAUAGUGCAGCCAUCAAAGUCAUCCUACACAACUCCAGAUCAACCCGCUGACAGAGUGCUCCCUGCAGCUUUACCCACCAUGGGGCCCGUACUGGGAGCCUCAGCAGUGGAAGCUGCUUCAGCUCUCCCAGAUGUCCUUAGGGAUGUUCCCUUCACUUUGGCUCCUCAUGUCCUUACCAUGCAGGCUGGAUUUCCCCUCAUCCCUGAUGUGCUGCUGUCCCGGGACAUUAACUACAACCUGGCUAAUUUUCAGUAUGACUUCACUUUAGAGAACUCUGUGCUCCAUAAUGCCUAGUCUGUUUGAAUUUCAAUAUCAGGACUGUUAUUAGGAGUUCAUACUGUGUGGAAUUAUGAACGAUUGAAAACUCACUAAAAUUACAUUAAAAAUCAAAAAGUUGUAGAACUGCAAAGCAUUGAAUUUAUGAAAUUAACUCCCUGUUCAUUAAAUUUCAAAGUAAAUCUUUGGAAAUGAACUGAAGGAAGCAUGGAGAUCUGACUGACUGUAGAACUGAUGAUGAUGAAAAGCUCUAACUUUAUUGCUUUGCAGGAACUGAAUGGACUUGUGGUUGAGUUAGCUUGUGCUGCUCUCAGUGUGAACACAGUCAGGAAGUACAAUGUGUUCCAAUAAUGUUGUGUAACUGUGAACAGGAUAAUUAUGGUUUAUUACAACCUGUGAACACUGCUGCACAGAGGUCAACAAGGUAAAACCAAAAAUAAACACACCUGAAAUGUUGGUGUUAACCUGUCAUUGCCAGCAAUUAUAAUAAAUAUGAUAGGUCAAAGUAGCUUCUAUAAUGGGCAGUGUGGGUAAUAAUGUUACCGUUCCCCUUUGUUUUUUAACUAACCUUUCGACUUUGUUUACACCUGUCUGAUCAUAUGGUUUCCUUUUACUAGAAUUGUGCUGCACCCGGAACCUGACAGGUCCAGACAAAGUAACGGGCUUUCAGCCUUCUAGCGGUGUAAAACUCUGGGCUUGGGUUGGGUUCAUGUUUGGUUAUCCUCAAAAUGCUGCCCGUCGUCUAUAUCUGUGUGUCUAUUGUAGCAACUAGACUCUCAGUGACCACAGGGAGGAGUGAGUGGACAGUUGUAGCUGUUAGCUUGGCUAACUAAGCAUACGUAAAUAUAACUUCAGGUCUAAGUUUAGGUCUCAAAUUUGGCAGUAGCAGUCAGGUUCAGAUGAGUUGGGUCGUGAAGACGUGUGUACAGGCUACAGCUGCUGUCUCUUGUCCCACCAGACUUUUAGCAAUGCCUCCAUUUUUCCAGAUCUCCAUGAUUAACUUGGAGAGUACAGUGCUUUUAUGACACAUAUAAACUGUAUUGUGACUACAAAAAUAAGACCCGUUUGUACUAAAUUGGAAUUAUCCUUCA